CAAGCCUAUUAACAUAAUUUGUUUUUGUGCUUUUGGUAUUUUGCUUUGCAUCCUGAUGCUCAUUCUCACUCGCAUAUCCACGCAAGCUGCAGAUGACUGCAUAAUAGCAUUUUGUCGACUAUAGCUAGUCAAGCUAUCUGCACACACAUCUUUUACAUGUUCAUCUAGGUAUAGAUGGUUUAUUGGAUCAGAUUCACACUGAGAGUUGGUAAUUUCUUGCUGAUUGGCAUGUCGAUCAUCGUUCUCUUAUAGCAAUUUGGUGUUAGCAGAGAGACAGAUGAAAGCUGCUUAAUUAGCUCCUUGAUUUGAUUUUGUUUAGCAGAAGAAGUACGAGUAUAGCAAAUAGCAUGGUAUCUUACAUCUUCUUCUUGCAUGUAAUACUAUUGCUUUGCUGUUGUGAUUACCUAUUUUGUUCAUCUAGAGAUACACUGACACACGCUGAUCCACUUAUUGAUGGCAAAUCAGAAAGUGAACUUGUUUCAGCAGGAGGAAUUUUUGAAUUGGGUUUCUUUACUCCUAGUGAUGGGGAAAGUAACUCGGGCGGUGAUGGAAGAUAUGUUGGCAUAUGGUAUCACAAUGUGAAUCCAACAACAGUUGUAUGGGUUGCCAACCGUGACGCUCCAAUACCAGCCAAUUCCGUUGGAGUUCUUAAAAUCGAAAAAGGUAACCUCCAUGUGAGGGAUAGUUUAACCUAUUAUUGGGCAACACACAUUGGGAUAUCUUCAUCUUUUGACAUGAUUUUGAAGAUAAUGGAUUCUGGAAAUCUGGUAUUACUGGAGUCUGAUCAGAUAGGGGCGAAGACUCUGUGGCAGAGCUUUCAAAAUCCCACUGAUACAUUCAUCUGGGGGAUGCUGAUGGAUAAAAGCUUGGAGUUGACUUCUUGGAAAAAAGAAAAUGACCCGGGAGUUGGGAACUUCACCUUCAAACGGGAUCAAAGUGAGACGCAACAUAUCAUCUUAAAGAAAUUGGUUCCGUACUGGAAAAGUGGAGAGCCAGGUAAUUAUUUUAGCUCAAUUGAAAUGCCACCUGAAGUAGCUUACUUGCUAUUAAAUUCCACUGAUACAAGUAGACGGUCUAAAUAUAAUUUUCCAAUUAAGCGACAUUGGGUUUCCAAUUACACCCGGCUGGUGAUGAAUUUUACUGGAGAGUUACAGUUUUGGACUUGGAAUGGAGCCCAGUGGCGUCUUUCCUGGUCGGAGCCAAAAGAUAAAUGUAGUGUGUUUAAUCCUUGUGGAAACUUUGGCAGCUGUAAUAAAAAUAAUUGGCCUUUGGUAUGCAAAUGUUUGCCCGGUUUCAAGCCACAGUCCCCUGGGAAUUGGGAUUCUGGAGAAUUUUCCGGUGGAUGUCAUAGGGAGUCGUUAUUGUCUGACAAAAAUAGCACGUUCUUGAGUUUAAAGAUGAUGAAAGUUGGAGAGGCAGGCACGCGAGUCAAUGGGGUGAAUGAAACAGAAUGCAGAGAGGAGUGUCUAGCGAGCUCGUUGUGCCAAGCUUACUCAUAUGCUGAAGACACUACUCAAAGGAGUGCUACUACUAGUAGUAGUAGUCCCUCAUGCUGGACAUGGUUGGAUGAUCUAAAUAAUCUUGUAGAAGAGUAUGAGACUGGCCACGAUAUCUCAGUUCGAGUUGCCUCAUCUGAUAUAGAAUCUACUGUAAGAGACUGCAAGCCUUGUGGCACAACGGUGAUACCAUAUCCCCUGAGCACCGGACCGGAUUGUGGUGAUGUCAUGUACUCCCACUUCAACUGCAAUACUUUGACAGGCCAGGUUAGCUUCAAGGGGCAGAAUGACACCUUGUUUAGAGUUAUACGCAUCACACCAAGUAUGCAAAAAUUUGUACUCCAAGGGUUGCCUGCAGCCAAAAAGGCAGGUCAUUGUGACUCUAGAGGCAGAGGAAAAGCUUCUCAGCUCAAUCCAUCGUCACCGUUUCAUAUAAGUAGUUGGUGCAAUGCUAACAUCGGAAGCUUUAGUUCUAAAGUACUAUCCCCUGGAGUCCUUAAUGUAGUCGAGUUAAGUUGGGACCUACCGCUGCAACCAGCCUGCAAUACAUCAGCAGAUUGCAAGGGUUGGUCAAAUUCAACCUGCAAUUUUCCAGUAAAAGAUGCACCAAAAAGAUGCCUUUGCAACAAAGGUUUCCAAUGGAAUGUCUCUAACUUUAGCUGUAUUCAAGAAGAUAGUCUUCAUGAACCAUUGAACCCUUCAUUCGGAUCGUCCUUACGAGAGCAUUCAAACAGAACGGUUUCAUUCUAUCUGAUUAUUGUGGCGGUGAUCAUAAGUAUGAUUUUACUGGCAUGUGUCAUUUCUGUUUAUAUAUGGAGAAGAAAAAUGACCAGAAAUCAAGAUCAAAUACGCCGUACACAGUUUGAUAGUGAAAGACUAGUCAAAGAGUUGAUAGACACAAGUGAGUUCAACAAAGAAGAUGAGAAAGGUAUAGAUGUACCUUUUUUUGAUUUGCAAAGCAUUCUAGAAGCAACAGAUAACUUUUCAGAGGCUAACAAGCUAGGACAAGGGGGAUAUGGGCCUGUUUACAAGGGGAAGUUUCUUGGAGGUCAAGAAAUUGCAGUAAAGAGGCUAUCAAAGGUUUCUGGACAAGGGUUACAGGAAUUUAGGAAUGAGGUUGUGCUGAUUGCCAAACUUCAGCACCGAAAUCUUGUUAGACUCAGAGGAUACUGCAUGAAAGGAGGAGAAAAGAUUUUACUUUAUGAGUACAUGCCCAACAAAAGCCUAGAUUCCUUUAUAUUUGAUGACACACGAAGGGUGUUUCUCAAUUGGGAGAUGCGGUAUAACAUCAUUCUGGGAAUUGCUCGAGGACUUCUUUAUCUUCAUCAAGAUUCCAGGCUGAGGAUCGUUCAUAGAGAUUUGAAAACCAGCAACGUGCUUUUGGAUGAGGAGAUGAAUCCCAAAAUUUCUGACUUUGGCUUGGCCAGGAUCGUUGGAGGCAAAGAAACCGAGGCAAACACAAAUACAAUUGUUGGAACCUAUGGCUACAUGUCUCCGGAAUAUGCAUUAGAUGGAGCUUUCUCAGCCAAAUCAGAUGUCUUUAGUUUCGGUGUGGUUCUUCUUGAGAUAAUCAGUGGAAAGAAGAAUGCAGGAUUUUAUCAGUCCAAACAAACUUUCAGCCUCAUUGGUCAUGCAUGGGAACUCUGGACUGAAGACAAGGUGUUGGAUAUAAUGGACAAGAAUUUGCAAGAAAGUUGUAACAGAAGUCAAUUUAUCAAGUGUGUAAAUGUUGGGCUCUUAUGCGUUCAAGAAGAUCCAGUUGAUCGCCCUACAAUGUCAAAUGUUAUUACCUUGCUUGACAGUGAAACUGCAAUCCCGGCAACUCCUAAACAACCCGCCUUUUUCUUAAGAAGAGGCAACUCAAGCACAGCCUCCUCUUCUACUAAGCCAGAAAUAAUUUCUGAAAUUACUACUCUCGAAGAUUUCGCAAAUGACACCAAGUUGAAGGUUACUUAUUCUUCACUUGGGCCUGUUGGGCUGUUGAGCGGUGUUGAGGAAAAUUCGAUAAAAGCCAAUAAUGAAUACCCUUGUUACCCUAAUCGAUCAUGGAGUCGGAGGAGGCAAUCUCGAUUCGACGGCGUCGGUGUCUGGAGUGAGCUAUGUGGGAGGCUGAAGAGUGAAGACAACGCAGUGUUGCAGAAGCGAAAAGGUGAACUCAUCAUUAAAGGUCCCAUAACUCAUACGGAAAAAGUACUACUCUACCAAUCAUUGGAUAAUUUGCCCAAUAGCAUGGUCUCAUCAAUCAUUUUCCUGUAUGUAGUACUAUUGCUGUGCUCUUGUGAUAACCUGUUUUGUUCUGCUAGAGAUACGCUAACACAUGAGGAUCCACUUAUCGAUGAUGGAUCAGAAGGUCUUGUUUCAGCCGGUGAAACGUUUGAACUUGGAUUCUUCACUCCUACUUCUACAGAAAAAGGUAGCUCGGGUGCUGAUAUAAGAUAUGUUGGCAUAUGGUAUCAUGAGCUCAAUCCAAAAACAGUUGUGUGGGUUGUCAACCGUGACACUCCAAUACCAGCCAAUUCCGUUGGAGUUCUUACAAUUGAAGAAGGUAAACUCUGCCUGUUGGAUAAUGAUACUAGAAAUUCAUAUUGGUCAGGAGACAUUGGAACAUCUGGGCCUUUUAACAUGACACUGAUGAAACUGAAGAUAAUGGAUUCUGGGAACCUGGUGUUAAGUGAUACUGGUGAGUUAGCAGCGGAUUCUUUGUGGCAGAGCUUUGAAGUUCCAACCGAUACAUUCCUUCCUGGGAUGCUGAUGCAUAAAAACUUUCGGUUGACUUCUUGGAGAGAACAAAAUGACCCGAGAGUUGGAAACUUCACCUUCAAACUAGAUCAAGGUGAGAAGCAGUAUAUCAUCUUAAAGAAAUCGGUUCCUUACUGGAAAAGUGGAGAGCCAGGUAAUCAAUUCAGCUCAGAUGAAAUGCGUCCCGAAGUAGCUUACUUGCUAUCAAAUUUCAGCAGAAGCACUGAUACAAGUAUACCGUCUGUAUAUAAUGUUACGAUUGUGCGGCAUUGGAAUUACAAUUAUACACGGCUGGUGAUACAUUCUACUGGAGAGUUACAGCUUUUGGCUUGGAAUGAAGGUGAGAAGAAGUGGCUCCUUUCAUGGUCGCAGCCAGAAGAUCAGUGCAGUGUGUUUAACCCUUGUGGAAACUUUGGUAGCUGUAACCAUAAUAACUUGCCGUUGGUAUGCAAGUGUCUGCCCGGUUUCAAGCCCCGGUCCCCAGAAUAUUGGGAUUCUGGAGAUUAUUCAGGUGGAUGUUAUAGAGAACCAUCAAUGUCUGACCACAACAGCACGUUCUUGAGUUUGAAGAUGAUGAAAGUUGGAGAAGCAGACUCACAGUUCGAUGUGGGGAGUGAAACAGAAUGCAGGAAGGAGUGCCUAGAAAACCACCUUUGCACGGCUUACUCGUAUGCCGUUCUAAAUGAAGACAGCACUCGGAGGGAUAACCCCAGAAAUUCCUCAUGCUGGACAUGGUUGGAAGAUCUAAAUAACCUUGUAGAAGAGCAUGCUGCUGGCCACAAUAUCUCUGUUCGAGUUGGCUCGUCUGAUAUAGAAUCUACUGUAAGAGACUGUGAGCCUUGUGGCACAACAAUGAUACCUUAUCCCCUGAGCACCGGACCAGAUUGUGGUGACCGAAUGUACUCCCGUUUCAAAUGCAACAAUUUGACAGGCCAGGUUAGCUUUGUGGGACUGAAGGACACCUUUAGAGUUAUAAGCAUCAUACCAAGUACACAAAUUUUUUUAAUCCAAGGGAUACCACGCGCAGUGCCUAAAUGCGAUUCUAGAAACAGAGCCAAAGCUCUGCAGCUCAACCCAUCGUUUCCAUUUAAGAUGAGUAGUUGGUGCAGUGCUGACCUGGGAAAUUUUAGUUCUGGAGCUCGUAAUGUACUAGAGCUGGGUUGGGAGUUAUCGCCUGAACCAGCCUGCAAUACUUCAGCAGACUGCAAAGGUUGGCCAAAUUCAACUUGCAAUCCAACCAGAGAUGGAACUAAAAGAUGCCUUUGCAACAUCAGUUUUCAAUGGAAUGCCUCCAACUUCAAAUGUAGUCAAGAAGGUAGCCUUCAUGACCCAUCAAACCCUUCAUCACAAUCGUCCUUAGGAUAUAAUUCAAACAGAAAAGUUCCAUUCUCCCUGAUAAUUGUAGCAGUGCUUGUAAGCAUGAUUUUACUGGCAUGCACAAUCUCUAUUCUUGUAUGGAGAAGAAAGAUGACCAACAAACAAGAUCAUAUAAGUCGUGCACAGCUUGAUAGUGAAAGACGAGCCCAAGAUUUGAUAGACACGAGUGAGUUCAACGAAGAAGAUGAGAAAGGUUUAGAUGUCCCCUUUUUUGAUUUGCAAAGCAUACUAGAAGCUACAGAUAACUUUUCAGAUGGUAACAAGCUUGGACAAGGGGGAUAUGGGCCUGUUUACAAGGGUAUGUUUCCUGGAGGCCAAGAAAUGGCAGUAAAGAGGCUAUCAAAGGUUUCAGGACAAGGGUUACAGGAAUUUAGAAAUGAGGUUGUGCUGAUUGCUAAACUUCAACACCGAAAUCUUGUUAGACUCAAAGGAUUUUGCAUGAAAGGAGAAGAAAAGAUUUUGCUAUAUGAGUACAUGCUUAAUAAAAGCUUAGACUCCUUCAUAUUUGAUCAUACAAAAAGCGUAUUUCUCAAUUGGGAGAUGAGGUUCAACAUCAUUUUGGGAGUCGCUCGAGGACUUCUUUAUCUUCAUCAAGAUUCCAGGUUGAGGAUUAUUCAUAGAGAUUUGAAAACCAGCAAUGUGCUUUUGGAUGAGGAAAUGAACCCCAAAAUAUCUGACUUUGGGUUGGCCAGGAUUGUUGGAGGCAAAGAAACCGAGGCAAACACAAACACAGUAGUAGGAACCUAUGGCUACAUGUCUCCGGAAUAUGCAUUAGAUGGAACUUUCUCAGUCAAAUCAGAUGUCUUUAGUUUUGGUGUGGUUAUUCUCGAGAUAAUCAGUGGAAAAAAGAAUGCAGGAUUUUUUCAGUCUAAACAAACUUUCAGCCUCCUUGGUUAUGCAUGGGAACUCUGGACAGAAGACAAGGUGUUGGAUAUAAUGGACAAGAAUUUGGACGAAAGUUGUAACAGAAGUCAAUUUAUCGUGUAAAUGUUGGGCUCUUAUGCGUUCAAGAAGAUCCAGUUGAUCGCCCUACAAUGUCAAAUGUUGUUACCUUGCUCGACAGUGAGACUGCAAUCCCUGCAACUCCAAAACAACCCGCCUUUUUUUUAAGGAGAGGCAACUCAAGCACAGCCUCCUCUUCUACUAAGCCGGAAAUAAUUUCUGAAAUUACUACUCCCGAAGGUAGAUAAGUAAUCCUUUACUUGAGCUCCCAUUUUUAUUUUUAUCUUUAUUCCUCUACCUUUUACUGUAUUUAUUUCUUGGGUGGCCGCAGAAGUAUCUGUACACCAAUUUCAAACAAGUUUAAUAAAACAUUCGGUGAAUUUAUUCUUUGUUGGUGAUUAACUUGUUCACCGUAUAUUG